AUGGCAAAAAACACAAGUAAUGUUGAUGUUAAACAAUUAAAUGAAUUGCUUACUGAAUUUGGGGAAAAUUACACAGAAGCUUACUUUAACAUUGAAAAGGCAACAAAAAUGGAUGAGGAGGGUAAAAUUGAUAAUGCAAAUCAAGCUCUUGCCAUUCCUAUUAAGGAACCAUCUAAACCGGAUUUUUCUUGGGAAAAAACCUUAGCAAUGCUUCAGAAAUUGAAAAAAACUAGGAAAGAAAUUACAUUAAGAAUUGAGACUCUAAAAUCAAAUACUGAAUUCACUCCAACUGAACUUCCUCCUUCAUACGAGGAUGCAGUAUCUGAUGCGAGUUUAAAACUUGAAAGAGUUGGAAUAAGUGAUAAUGGUAACAAUCCUGAUCUUCCUGGGUCAUCUAAAUCGGAUGAUCUAUACAUACCACCCUCUAUGGUGUAUGAUCCACUCUUGUUAGCUAAUCUUAACAUAAAUUUAGAAACAAAUUCCCAAAAUAAUGACUUGUUACAGUCAGAAAAUGAAAUAAAAAUUGCUGAAAAUGAAGAUAUUAUAUUCAGUUGCAAUAAUGUGCUAUUGUAUUUUAUUGCUCCUGAUGGAAGGGUUAGUUCGACAACAGAACCAAAUAAACUUAUAAUUGCCCGAAUUUACGAUGAAAAUUCAGAAGAAAGAACUUUCUUACAAGUGGGAUCCUUUGUAUAUCCUUUAAUACCUGGAGUGUCUCCCUGCACUAGGAGCAAAGAAGGAAUUUUUGUUUUGCCUGAUAUCAGUUCGAAUUUAAAAGGUGCAGCUGUUGGUAUUAUUGUACCUGAAGAACUUGAAGAUCAGUUUCAUGAAAUUUUUAAUUCUCUUUUAAAUGAAGUUAAAGUUUCUGGUCGCUCUAGUGCUUCGAUUAGUGGAACUUCUAAAUUAUUAAAGGGAGCAUCAUAUUUAGCUAGUAAUAUUAUAAGAGGAGCUGGAACGACUGCUAAAUACUUGGAUUCUUCCGUACCUAGAUUUAUGGAUAAUAUGAAUCCCUCCACUGCUCCGACUGAAAUCGAUCCUAACGUACAGAAAGCAGUAGAAAUGGCGAAAGUAGUUACGGGGAAAGCAGUGAACGUUACGGAAUAUUUAGCUACCAAAGUCGGAAUGGCGACAGCUGCGUUGGGAAGGUACCUGGGACCGCAUAUUCAAAAUCAAAGUUCUAAAUUACUAACUUCGGUUACAAACAUGUCCGAAUUAGAAGCUACUCAAACCGUCGAUUCUGCUUUAAAUACCGUUACAAAUGCUGUCGAAGGCGUAUCCAUUAUUUACGGGGGACUAGAAACAGCCGCCAAUAUUUUGGCGCGAAGUUUGUCAAACAAUACAGUAAAAAUAAUUGAAUACAAAGUUUUAAAACCGAAGGGAUUCGUUAAAGCAACUCUAAGAGGAGCGGGAAAUGCAUUACUCGAAGAAAGAAAAAAUGUAACAAAUCAAUCGGAUUCAAAUUUAAAUAAUAAUAAUAAUAAUAAAUCACAAUAA